CGCUUGCGCACGCCGCUUGCGAGCGAGCGCCGGCCGCCGCUACGCGCCUUUGCGCAGGUGCCGCUGCCGCUGCGAGGCUGAGCCCAAGGCUUGCGGGCUUGCGGCCAUGCUGCGCUGACGGAGCGGCACUUCCGAGCGCAGCGGCGUGGCCGCCCAGCAGGUGCAGCAGAUGGCGGUGCGGGGACGCGGCGCGCUGCUCUCCACUUUGGCACGCGCCUCAGUGCCAAUAGCCGAGCCCGAUCUGUCCCACCUCUCUUCGCCUCUCACCACCACCAUCCCACAUCAAGCCCUAUCCUUAUGUCUGACGCGCUGCUCGACGACGCGCGUGCGCUGGCGCAGGCCGUCGUGGCACGCACGGGCUACGUGCUGCCCGCCGUGCUGCUCUACCUCCUCUACCUCGCCCUGCGCUACCCGGACCGCGUGCCCGGCACCGUCUCUGCGCGGCUGCGGCCACAGGUGUAUGCGGUGCCCAACACCUGGCCCAUUCUGGGAAACACCAUCAACGUCGUGCGCCUCGGCACGGCGCAGCAGUUCGAGCGCUUCCUCAAGCUCACGCAGGAUGCGCCGCACCACGUCUGGCGCAUGACGGUGUUUGGGCCGGGCAGCGUCAUGCUGCUCAACCGCCCCGAGUACAUCGAGUACAUGCAGAAGACGAACUUUACCAACUACGACAAGGGGCAGCAGUUCCGCUCGCGCUUCGGCGACCUGCUCGGCACGACGGGCAUCUUUGUCGCCGACGGGCACGUGUGGCGGCAGCAGCGCAAGCAGGCGAGUCACAUGUUCUCCAGCAAGGCCUUCUCGACGUGGAUCCGCAGCGUCGUGCACCACGAGCUCGACGACGUCGUCGGCCUGCUCGAGAAUCUCUCUGCGCCCGGCGGCGCGGGCAAGCUGUGCAUGACGGAGCUCUUCUUCCGCUACACGCUCUCCUCCUUCUCCAAGAUGGCCUUCAGCGCCAACCUCGACUGCCUCUCGCCCGACCCGGCCAGUCUGGAGAAGCCGGUGCCCUUCGCCAUGGCGUUUGACGGCGCACAGGGCAUCAUCAACAAGCGCUUCGUCACGCCCGCCUGGCAGUUCAUCGAGCGCUUCAGCGCCGACGGCCGCGAGAUGCGCACUGCCUGCCGCGUCAUCCGCGACUUUGGCAUGGGCAUCAUCAGCGAACGCAUCGCAGAGCGGCAGGGCGGCGAGAAGGCGCCCUUGGUGGAGAAGAAGAGCGGCGAGGCGGACGCGGAGCAGAGCCGCAAGGGCGCCAACAAGAAGGACGGCGCCGAUCUGCUCGGCCUCUUUAUGGACCUCACGAGCGACCCCGAGGAGCUGCUCGUGGUGGUGAUGAACUUCAUCAUCGCCGGGCGCGACACGACGGCGCAGAGUCUCUCGUGGUUCUUCUUUGAGCUGCUCGCCAAUCCGCAGCAUCUCGCCGUAAUCCGCGCCGAGCUGGCCGAGGCGUUUGGCGCGCCCGAAGGAGGCAUUCGGCUCGAGUACGAGCAGGUCAAGAUGCUGCCUUACACGCUGGCCUGCUGGAGCGAGGCGAUCCGCCUGCAUCCUGCCGUGCCCAAGAACGGCAAGGAGGUGGUGGCCGACGAUGUCAUUGUGCCGCAGGGCCCCAACCCGGACAACCUGCCGUCGAUUCCCGUCUUCAAGGGCGAAAAGGUCGGCUGGAGCGACUGGGUCAUGAACCGCCUGCCGGCCGUGUGGGGCGAGGAUGCGGCAGAGUACAAUCCGCUGCGCUUCCUCGAGCGCGACACAGAGGGCAAGUGGACGUACGUGCAGCACUCGCAGUGGAAGUACCACGUCUUCAACGGCGGCCCGCGGCUGUGCCUGGGCAUGAACCUCGCCAACUACGAGGGCCUGGCGCUCAUCGCCGCCACGCUGCCGCAGUUCGACUUCCACUGGGCCUCCAAGGCCGAGGGCCAGACCGCCGAAUGGCCCCUCACAUAUCUCAACUCCGUCACGCAUCCGUCGGUGCCGUACGUGCUCAAGGUGACGCGUCGCGAGGCCUAAGGAGAGACCGCCAUCGUCUGUCUGCCCGUCCGCCCGCCCGCCCGUCCGUCCGUCGCAUCUUCACCAUCUGUAGCCCCUCAUGGCCCCUC